AUGCAGUUACCAGUCCCUGGUCACUUGGAAAUCAUUGCUCUACUCAAGUCACCACUAACUGGUGGAGAUUUGAACAAGACAUUCUAUAUUCUCCGCAUGUUUCAACUAAGUACCGAAGGUUGGUUCUUGACAAAUUCUAGAAUCGAUAAAUUGGGCCACACUUUGACCUAUGUUGGUGCAGAAAACUGGGACAAUGUGUUGUGUUAUAUGGAUGCGUUGUUAUUUGCAAUGUUUGCUAAUUUAGAUAGUUUUGAGCCAAUCUUGUUUAUUCCUAAUCAAAGCGAUCCUCUAGUUGCACAAUUAUCUGCAUUGUUGAGAGUCUAUGUGUCAUUGCUACGCCUGGGAUAUCUCAUUACAACUGAUCUCACGGCGAGAAUAUGUGAAGGAUUGAUGAAAUUAGGGUUUGAAGAGGCUUUGAGUCAUAAACAACAGGAUGCAGCAACAUUGUUUGAAUUUCUCACUGAGGUGUUGAAUAUGCCAUUGUUGACUUUUAAAGUUGAUAUCAAACAUGGAGGUAAAUUUAAUAAACAGGAUGAUCAGAAACUUUCCAAAGAGAGAAUACUUUUCGUCAGUAUACCUGAUGAAGAGGAGGAUGGAGUAAAGAAAGAGUCGGUAGAUGCCUCCGAUCCUGAACAUCUCAGUCAGUCCGUGUCGAGUUUGAACCUGAGUGGAUCGGAUAUGGAUGAUUCAAUAUUGUUGGAAGAAUGUUUGGAACACUACUUCAACAACUCCAUCAGUGUCAAGCGUGAGUUGGAAAGACGUGCAUCUUUAUCCCAAGUGCCCGUCACAAGCACAGUCACAUUCAACGAAAUACCUGAAAAUGCACCAGCUCAACUUUCAAAUCACGACACAAGCAAGCAUUUUGUUGAGGAAGUUGAAAACAUUGACGACAAAGUCAAGUUACGAGACCGGUCAGAUAGCGCCAGGAAAAACGAUGGUGCUAGAGUCGCAGUCCGUACUAGAUCAUCCACUUUAUCUCUUUGGUCAACAAGCGACAAUGAUAAAAAAGACGCCAAAAAGACCAACGAAGUGAAUCUUCCAGCAUGGAUGUUUUUACGAUUGUUGCCAUUUUACACUGAUGAUAACAUAUUGACCGAUAAUUUCGAAAGCACAGCGAAAUCAUCGAGGGAUUUUGCCAAUAGACGUCCCAUACUACCAAUUUGUCUCAAGAGGUAUCAUUUGCACACUGGAGAUUCGUCAGGUACGAAGUCCCACAAGCGAAUAAUCAUUCCCCCCUUUAUUGAUCUUCCUGAUUUUGUUGCUGAUGAUGUUGACGGACCAGUUUCUUCAUUCAGAUUGAUCCUUGAAAGUGCUAUAUGUCAUCGAGGCAAAACCAUAGAGCUGGGUCAUUUUGUAUCAGCAGUGAGGAGAAACAUUGAAGCGACGAGUCAAACUGAAGAAGAAGCUUACGCGUCAAAAUGGCUUUUAUAUGAUGAUAUGAAGAAAAAUCUGAGGGUGGUGGAGCAUACUUUUAGAGACGUGUUCACAUCGGAAUGGCCGUAUAUGUUGUUUUAUCGAUUGGUGUCGACUAAUGACCCAAGUUCUGUUUCGUCAAUGAAGAGUGACAUUGUACCGCAAAGUGGAUGCAAACCAAAAUAUUGGGAUGAUUCAGUGAAACCAACAAGUCAACAAGGUCCAACCCUAUCACCAAUUGCAUCAACCAAUGGCAGCAGCGAAGGUGGCGAAAAACAACUGUCAAUUGAAAAACAGCAGUUAACCAUUCCAAAAGUCAGGGCCUCUUCUACUAAUACUGUUGUGUCUCCCAUUUCACCAUUAGAUCCUGACUUUGUCGAUAUUCGUAAUCGGUAUUUUUGGUUUAUCCCCGAUGAAAAUAAGAAUUACUACAAGGAAGAAGUUACGGUUUUGGAUGGAGCGUCGUCGGUCAAUUUCAGUCCUCAGUUUAGACGUAAUAGUCAGUGGAGUAUGACGUCGAAUAUAAGCAAUAUACAUUUGGCUAAAACGUCACUGGGCCACAUUCCAGAAAAGAGCGAGCCAUCAUCCGCUGAUUCUGGCUCGGUUGAUGCAAACGCAAACACAAACACAUACGCAAACGCAAACACAAACACAAACGCAAACGCAAACACAAACGCAAACGCAAACGCAAACACAAACAGUCACUCCAUUCUGGAGAAGAACAGCUCAUUGGAAAUCCCCACUGCCGACAAACAAGUAUCAAAGUUGGAGAAAAGCGGUACUGGGUCCAUAUGGAGGAGAAAAAAGAGUCCAAGAGUUAAAGCAGCCGUAACUGAGCCAAUUGAAGAGACCGAGUUUCCUAAAUUGGAUGAAUCAAAACUGACUUUUCCGCAAACUUUGCGAAGUAGUAGUAAAGACAGCAACAACAACAACAACACAAACAGCAUUGCCAACUCUACCACUAACACCAUUUCCCAGAACCACAGUCAUGGGUUAUUGCAUAGGUCAAAACGGCGAAGAGACGCUUACAAGAAGGAAAAAUGUACAAUCACUUAG